AUGUACCUCCUCCUCCUAAUAGGUCUGCUCAGCAGCACAACCCUAGCGCAAUUCUUCAACUUCGGCAACAUGUUCAACCAACAACACCAACAAGCCGAACCGCAAAACAUGCCCUCCGACUCGGACUGGUACCAGGGUCAAUACGAGGGAGCGCGGUGCGACAAGUACCUGUGUCCUCAUACAUUAUCAUGCGUCCACUUCCCACACCACUGCCCCUGCGCGUUCCCGGCCGUCGAGGAUAAAGUCGAGUUUGGGGAGGGGAGUAUGGUUUGUGCGAGUAAAGGGGGGUAUAAAACUGGGGAGGCGGCGAGGAAGAUUGAGUUGGCCAGGAAGGGGUUGCUUUGA